GCUCGAUCUCCACGCAGUCAGUGUAGUAGCCAUGGUGCGGGUGUACGUGAAGGGGAGAGGGGAGACUUCUUCUCUCCCUCGAACGGAGGUGAAGCUGGAAAAACUCGAGGGUUUACCGGUAGAAGACUUGACCGAGGCCGUCGCUCGUCUAAUGAACAUCGACAAACAAGAACUGCAUCUGAUGUAUGGAGGACGUGUACUGAAGGGCGGUAAGACCUUGGACUACUACCAGAUAGAGGACGGAUGCACGCUUCACGUUAUGCACCACAAUAAGAAAAUCAAGUAUGCAUCUCUUCCGACCGGUCCGGAAGGGAUGGCGGUCGUUUUUGCAAGCUCAAGAAUUCAAUCAGAGAUGGAACCUUUCAUCAAGGACCCAGAGCUGGUAGCCAAGAUGAUUCCUAUGGGGGACCCUAUUGAAAUUAGAGAGGUUCUUGAAGAUCCAGAUCUAAUGGUGAAAAUUUCAGACAUAGCCAGAAUCAACCAUGGAACCCUCCUCUAGUUCUGAAGACACCCCUGCAGGCAUCUAUAAUGAUACUUUUACCCAAGAGCAGUUUCUUUUAAUAAGGACACCUCACUAAUAUGGACACUUUCCAUUCCAUGUCUUGACCAACUUUAGUAAUGUAUUUUGCUAUUUUUGUGGAGGUUGUGUGCUGCCCUCUUUCUCUCUCCCUGCCACCACGCCACUGACUCAGUCAUCUCCACAAGAACCACCUGCUGUUCCCAGUCAUGAAGGCUCUACUGAGACUCCACAGGGUCAAGUACUGCGUCAAGGACAGUGGGCAGGCCCGCGUGGAUCAUCUCUCCCAGCAAGUGGGGCAAAUACUGGAGCUGGCCGGUGGCUCCGAUUUCGAAACAAUUAUCAUCCCAAGUGAAGCGUCUGCAGAGCACCCUGGUGUCCAGUUGAUGCACGGUACAGUUCAUCCCUCUUCUCUGACCACUCCCACGGUGGCACCAGGUACGGUGGAGACUGAGGAACUGGGGGAAGAGGACGAUGGUUCUCUGGGUCUGCCGAGUCUCGGGGUCACUCCUGCUGACCUGGCGUCUGCCCUCGCUAGUAUCGACACUGAGCAAUCUGACUCUCAACACAGCUCUAUGAGUGUGGAGAUGUCUUCACAGCCUCCUCUGUCUCUCCCCGUGUUACCCCCCAACGUCUCUGGCACAAGUGCCCCAGCCAGUCUCCAGGAAUCGGAGCUACUCUCCGUUCCUCCCCCUCCGACUGUGAACAGAAGUCUGAGUGACUCGGGACAUGGGAACACGGGAACCAGACACGACGCCAGUGGCCCCACCUCCUCCUCCUCCUCCUCCAUUUCACAGAUGGAUCUCCAGCAGGCACUGUCACAAGUCCUCAGCACUGCCCAGCGUCAUCAGCAAGCGGGACCUGUUUCCACCAGUCACCAAUCUCCCCGCACUCCCUCCCAGCACCGCCCUCGCCAUCGUCACGGUGGGCACCAGUCACGGAGAGAGACAGCUCUCAGGGAGCGGUACACUGCACAUUUGGAGCAGCUGCAUGCUAUGGGAAUAACCUACAGUGACUCAGAGUGUCUGCAUGCACUGGAGGCAGCGGAUGGGGACCUGCAGACUGCACUGGAGAUACUCAUGGGAGACCCCAACCACUGAACAGUCAAUGUAUAUACCCCUCACUGGACACUGAUUGAACCGAACGAUGACACACACUGACUGGAUACGAGAUAAUUCUUACAGGCUUUUUGAUCGUUAGUGUCACCUUCUAGACCAUCAUGAAGUUGUAAGUGUGAGGCUGCAAAUUUUGUUAGUAGGACGGUUUGUAUGGUGC